UGGGCGACAGAGCGAGACCCUAGGUUAAAAAAAAAAAGCCAAAAGGCCCUACAGCAAAUCAGCAAGAGAUCCAGCAGCCAAUCCUGUUUGAACUAACAUCUAAUGUUUAACACUCAACUUCAGACCUUGAAUGCUUAACUGAAAAUGGAAGCUCCCCUCUUUUCCGGUUAGUGCGGUAGGAGAAGCCAUGAGCAGCAAAGUCUCUUGCGACACCCCAUACGAGGCAGUGUGGGAAGUCCUGCACGGGAACCAGUGCGAGCGCCGCAAGUUCCUGGAGACAGUGGAACUGCAGAACAGUUUGAACAACUAUGGCCCCCAGAAGGACAAGCAUUUCUCGGGCACCGUCAGGUUUAAGUCCACUCCUUGCCCCAAGUUCUCUGUGUGUGUCCUGGGGGACCAGCAGCACUGUGAUCGGGCCAAAGCCAUGGAUAUCCCCCACAUGGACAUCAAGGCACUGAAGAAACUCAACAAGAAUAAAAAACUGGUCAAGAAGCUGGCCCAGAAGUAUGACGCAUUUUUGGCCUCAGAGUCUCUGAUCAAGCAGCACUUAAAGCGGGGACCGUUUUAGCUGUGUAUUUUGA